AUGCGCUGCUUCAUCAGCCUUGCUCUCGGUCUGCUGGCCCUGGAGGUGGCCCUUGCUCAGAAUCCACUGGAAGGAGUCUUCAACACAGUUCAGCUCAUGUGUCCUGAAGCCUGCCUCAGUAAGAACGCAGAGUGUAUCAACUGUCGCACCAUCGCGGAGUGUGCCCAGAAUGCUGCGUGUUGUCCCAGUUCCUGUAGCGCUAUCUGCAAAACUCUUGUCAACACUGAUGUGCCAAAGAUGGGCCACUGCCCCUGGAAUCCAGUCAACAUGAUCCCUGCUGAGCUAUGUCUGCAGAAGAGCACAUGCUUCAGAGACAGUGAUUGUAGCGGCGACAUGAAAUGCUGCCGCGUCGGCUGUGCCAUGAGUUGUCAAACUCCACAGGCAGCUCUGCGCUCCACCGGAAGGUUGCCUGUCAUGGCGGCUGACCUGCACACUGCCCAGCUCAAGCUGCACGGCUCUUGCUCCCCACUGCAAGGAUGGCUGCCACCAGGUGGCUGA